GUUCGGAAUCUUACGAUGAAAAGUCAGCUGAAAUUGACUGUAACAUUUGUAUUUAUUAAUAUUUGUAACACACGAAAAUGGCCGAAUGUCGAGAGAACGGAAGUCCACAAGGGCGACGAAAAGUUAGCGUUCCAAAAGUUAGAACUGUUUUAAAACAUAUCGGAGAUGAGCUAACGAAUGAUGAAUUAGAGAAGUUAUUAUUUCUGGCCGCAGAUCACAUUCCAAAGAGUAAAACGCAGGGUAUGAACGCACUAAACUUCUUCUUAGCUUUGGAAGAACGGCAGUUAAUUGAUACGAAAGGAGACGAUGUAGAUUAUCUUCUUGAACUACUUGGUGAGUUACCAAGAGUUGACUUGGUGAAAAAGCUGAAAUCUACCCAGCCCCCAUCAAAUUACAGAGAAAAGGUUGUUAUUGAAGAAGAAAUUAUUAGGACGGACGCUGUCGUGGUCGCCAACGCAAACACACUUGAAAUCAAUGCAAACACUUGGUCUGUGAAACAAAACAAAGUUAUGGAGGCUUCUGGUGAUGGAGGGUUCUUGCAAGAUCCAAAUUUAGUCCAGUCAAUUUUUCAAAAAUAUAAUGAUACUGUGUAUGCCCUUGAACAGGCUAAUGCCACGAAUGUUGAGCUUAAGAAGAAAAAUCAUCAAUUAGAAUUCGAAAUUGAUCAACUUAAGGACGAUCAAAAUAAUUUGAUUCGAGAAAGGAACAGUGCCCUAGGAGCAAAGUCGGAAUAUGUUUUCAAAGAAAGCGAAUUAAAGAAGGAAUUAAGUGAUUUGAAACGCAUGAACAAUUUGUUGGGGAAAAAUGCCACAAAAGAUACGAACACUAUUGAGGCUCGUGAUAAAGAAAUUGCAGAAUUGAAAGAAUCUUUGAAGAAAUCUGAAAAUACGGCGAAUGAAUUGAGAUCUGAGCUCGAAAAGGUACAACAGGAAAAGAUUAGGAUGGAGGAAGUGUUGGCAAAAUUUCAAAAAGUUGAGGAGGACAAUGGACGUGUAACAUGCAAAAGAUGUGGGUUGGUUUACGUUGAAGCAAACAACCCGGUUGAUGCUUGUCGAUACCAUUCAGGACAGUUUGGUAGUGUUGGUGCGCUCAAGAAGAAGAUGGAAUGGUCAUGUUGUAGGAAUACAAAUAAGAAUGCACCUGGAUGUUGUAAGAAAAAACAUUUGACCAUUGAUUAUCCACUGCCAUCCCCUGAUCUCGAAAGGAAAUUCACCAUGUGAGGAUGUAGUGGUGGUGUUCAGGUCACGGUAGGCAUAAGCAAAAAUGGUUUGAUGUACCACCAAGAACAUUCAAAACGUAAGCAUAACAUUUUUAUGUCAGUGAGUACAAGUUUAGGGUUCAGAAAAUACUUGUUAUGUUGUAGGUUGUUUUUCGCAAGUUGAAUUUCACCAAACCACAUCAGUCAAUCACCAUGCCCAAUAGGUUUCUCUUGGAAUUACUGCUUAGUUAAACCAUGGAUAAUUAAAUAAAUGGAUAGGACUCUAGUUGAUGUAAGCAAAAACAACCUAGUUGCAAUCUGUGACAUCACGCGUAUUGCAAAGUUCUCGGCAUUUUUGUUGUUUCGCUAUACUUUCCGCUUUAAAAGAGUAAUAUUGAAACAUAUACUGGUCUAAUUGUUUUAAAAACAUGCCUAAGCCACGACAAAGUAUUCAAGGUAAAUGUUUUUCGUCUUUGUUUUGUAUUUUUUUACAUUUGUAGCUAGGAAAUUGGCGUCCCCAAUUUUAACGAAAUUUGGGAUGCCUUUUUCACUGUUUAGUGCUUGAAAUAUUUGCUAAAAUUGACUGGGAAUACUUAGAGAUUUCAUCGUAGAAUGGCGUUGUUAUAUUCAUUUGCUCUUUGACUAAAAUGUUUAGCUGUAUUAUUGCUAAACAUGCCGUGUUUGAGUAUUUGAUUUGCAACUAGGUUUCAACAUCCAAUCACGCCAUCAGCCCAUUGAAAACAUUAGGUCACGUCAGCUAAUUUCCUAUCCAUUUAUUUUAUUAUCCAUGGUUAAACAGGCAGGAACAAAUGGGAAGUGUAUCUACUUGCUAACUUGUGCUUUUGUUUUGACUGUCUUUGUUGUUAAUUUUUUAUAUGUUGUUUUAUGCUUAUGCCUUAAUUUAAAGCUCAUUCAAACCAGUCUGUUCACUGUCUGGUCCAACAACAUCCUGCUUUUGUUGGAACAUCCUGUUUGGUAAGAGGUUGACCAUUAGAUAUUUAUAUUUAUUACAUACUUGUGUGUUUAGCAGGGUGAUGACAGGGUGACAUAAAAAUGAUAUGUCACUGAUAUCGUUUUUUGUCACUGAUAUUGUUUUUUGUCUCUGAUAUCGUUUUUUGUCUUGCUCUUUUAAUAAUUGUUGCAUUGAGGCAAUUAUUAAUAUUCUAAUAAAUUCUUACCCUGAUAAAGGCACAAGUACAUAAUGGUUAAUUAUCAUAGUCGAGACAAGGCAAUAUCAAUUUUAUUGCUUUCUGGAUGAUAUCAUAUAUGAUGUUAUCCCUCAAGCGAUAAAACUGAUAUUGCCUCGUCCCUCAUAUGAUAACAUGUAUAUAUAGAGAGGAUAUUACACAGCGGCACAAAGAUAUGACUUUUAUCUUCGAGUGGUGAAAACAAUAUUUUACGAAUAAGUGCAGCGAGUGAGUAAAAUAUUGUUUUUAACACAAGAAGAUAAAAGUCGUAUCUUAAAAUCACUGUGUAAUGUUCUGUUUAUUAUAUAGUCCAAAGCAAAAAAUUGUGAAAUUUCACGCUCAAAAGCAAAUUGUCAUGAGAUCGAUAUCUUCACUAGUGAAGAUAUGGAAAAUAUCUCACUGUGUAUUUUUCAGACUGGUUUGACUGAGCCUUACAAGCAAGUUUUACUUUGCAAGUUUCCUAAUGAACAUGUUGUUGACUUGCUCCUGUGUACAAUCUGCAAUUUAAGUUUUUCAUGUUCAACAUUGUCAUCACCAGCUCUUUAAAGGCCCAUUUCCACUCAAGAAAAAUUUCCAUGGACAGAAAAUUUUCCAAAAAUAUCAUUCAGAAAAAUUUCCGUGGACAGAAAAUUUUCCAAAAAUAUUGUUAAAAGUAGAAAAUUUUCAACUUCAAUAUUUUUUCCGACGGAAAAUUUGUGUCGGCCAAUCACAUUUUACAAAAUGGUCCUUUACACAAGGACUUGUCAAGGAAAACCUGUCCAUUUUUGUUGUACACACUUGUGUCACCUACUGAGCGAUGUGAUUUUAUGUCGUGGCAACAGACAAUAUGAAAUUUGAUAUAUUUAUUGUGCAGAGAGGACCAUAAAAUAAUUUGACCUUUCAUCCUCCCCUGCAAAUUAAGGUGGAUUUUCAGUCCUCGCACUAAGCUCCUUGCAGCUCGCUGCGAGUCUAAUUAAAAUUAACUGUUUAGCAUUGUGAUUGGAUGAAAGUGCUCAUGCAUGCACUCGCUGCGAGGAGCUUCGUGCGAGCCGCAAGGACUGGGAAAUCCACCUUUAGGCAAACCUUUAUUAUAUUGCCUAUACUUUUGCACAAAUACGAAAAAACACAUGAAGUUCAUUUUUCACCGACUAAAUCACAUCAUUGUUUGAGUCACUUUUGAGUGCAUAGUUUGAAAAAAUUUAUCACUCUUAUAAAAUAGAUAUGUUUUAAAUUUCAUUAUUUUAUGCUUAAAUCUUAAUGCAUGUAGUUUGAUUAUUAGUCACUUCUUCAAAAUAUUUUUCCACAUAUAAAUUUGUUAUUGCCAGUGUGUAAGAAGACAUGUUUUCUCAUAUUCAGUUGAGUGUAAUAUGUAUUUGUCGAUUGACUUUUUAGAAUUUUGAAUUUUAGCAAUAUAUUUUUAUAUAUUUUGUAUAUUUAGAUAUUUUUAUAUCUUACAUUUGUAUUUACAGAUGAACCUACUUUAUAUUAAUAAUAAACAUUCACAAUUUAUCAUGUGAUGUUGGUGAUUGUGUGACUAUUUUGAAGAUUUUUGCCUCAUGUACACAUGCAGUACAUAUAUACAAUGAUCUUGCAUCUUGAAAUUGAGAAUGUGCCUCUAGAAACCAACACAUACACUUGGAUAAAAAAACAUCAAAUGCUCCAUCAUAUUGCCAUCUAUCAUCACUACCAUCAUU